AUGAAGAGCGUUCUGAUAUUUUUGACAUUCCUGUGCACCACUGCACUCGCUGGAACUUGGACCGCCUGGGGUGCAUGGGCUGAUACUUGUGUGAACUGCCCAGGAGCAACAUAUCGUGGACGUACCCGUGUCUGUGAUCGUAUUGAGAAGGAGGUCUGCAACUGCCCCUUAGAAGCUGAAUGGAAAGAAUGGGCUGAUUGGUCGGUGUGCGAUAAGGACUGCGGAUUUUGUGGAACUCAUACUCGUACCAGAGAAUGCGAUCUUAUUCCGUCGUGCCCAGCGGUCACUUGCACUGGAGACGACACAGAAGAAGAACCAUGCAGUGAUACCGACAAAGUGUGCAUUGCACCAAGUGUGUCCUGUUGCGGUGGAUACAAGAAGAAAGUGGAUAUCACAAGCAAACGCUUCUAUUGUGGUCUUCCAUAG